AUGCGAGGCAUCUGUUGGUACGAAUGUGUUUCCCUGUUUGUAGCGAUGUCCAGGCUAUGUGAACGUUUGCAGCAAUCCGUCAAGGAGGAAGUGUUCCGCGAGUACUGUGCUAAUAGUUCCAUCCACGGUGUACGUUACUUCGACCGUAAUGAGCGAACGGUUUGUGAAAGAUUCUGGUGGCUAGUGGUGUUUCUACUCUCGAUGUUGGGUUGUGGCGUGAUGAUACACAAGACGUACGUGAAAUGGAAUCAGGUUCCCAUUAUUGUUACUUUUUCCGAGAAAACUACCCCCGUUUGGGAUAUUCACUUCCCUGCUAUAACAAUCUGUCCCGAGACAAAGGUGUCCGCAGAAAAGCUUAACAUCACAGCCGAAAUGAACGCACUGGUUGCAGCAGUUGAGCGUGGCAAUGGGUCAUCAGAAAGGGAAUCAGUUCCUCAACUGAAAGCUGUAUCUCAACUAUGCAACAUGUUGUUUCAAUUGGAAUACCACUGGCUACACGAACUAAACGGGUCCGAGGACGAUUUAGUGGGUACAUUGAAAGACAUGUCCUUACGACGAGAUGAGACAGUCGUUAUGUGUCAGUACGGCAAUACGUACGACGCUUGUGAGGAUCGCUUAACGGAAACGGUCUCUGAAGAGGGUAUAUGCUACACAUUCAACAUGAUAUCUGAAAGAGAAAUCUUUCGCAAAAGCUCUCUUCACACCGAAUACAAUUAUAUGGAGGGUUGGUUCAAUUCUAAGGAGCAUCAACCACUGGCCCCAGUAUUCGCUCGUGGUGCAGGAUUGCACGAUGGUCUUACGCUCUACCUGAGGCACAUGCAGGAGGAUACGGACUACCUAUGCACGGGAUUUUCCCAAGGAUAUAAACUAAUGAUUCAUGGUACAGAUGAGUACCCACAGGUUUCAAUGCGCAACAUGCGUAUACCAUUCAGUCACGAGAUCUCGAUCGCUCUGAAACCUCAAAUGAUGGUCACUUCACAAUCGGCCGCUGACUUUAGUUGGGAGAAACGUCAAUGCUUUUUCAAUGACGAGCGACACCUUCGAUUCUUUAAGCUCUACAAUCAAGAUAACUGUGAACUGGAAUGUCUCUCCAACGUGACAAAAGCACUGUGUGGAUGUGUUCGCUUUUCAAUGCCUCGCUCGAACGACACAACGGUCUGUCCGCUGUCCAUGUGGCAGUGUAUGUACCGUGCGAAGUGGUUCUUACGUCCUAGUAACAAUUCAAGACUGCCACCAAAUGAAGAGUUUGAGAUCACAAAAAUAGUCAACAGCUGCAACUGUCUGCCAGCGUGCAGUUCGGUGUAUUACGAUGUGGAGACCACACAAACCUCGCUGGAUAUGGAAAAGUUUUUGCUUGCUACCAAUGAAUUAAUGGGCGAUGAUUCAGACAAAUUUUUCAUCACAACGAUAGCGAUCUACUUCAAGGAGUCGUACUUCAUCACCUCGAAGCGAUCGGAGCUGUACGGAUGGGUUGACUUUCUGGCAAACUGUGGUGGACUGUUAGGUUUGUUUAUGGGUGUAAGCAUUUUGAGUCUGUUAGAGAUUUGCUAUUUCAUUACGAUUCGUCCAUUUUCGUUAAGAAAAACUUUGUGGGAAAGGAGAAACAAUAAUUCUGAUCUACUCACAACCAAUAACGUUCAACAUAGUAUACCUCCUGUUGUUACAAUUUCAGAAUAA